CUGUUAUCAGCUGAUGAAGCCGCCACGUGACAACUACAUCCGCUUUGCUGUACUCUCGAUGUUUAUAAGAUCCGUGUUUAACUUAGGAAACACAGCCAGCUCGGGUGGUUUUAUUUUCUUUCCUUUAUAAUCUUUGUUUCUUCUCGCUGGAUUUAGGAAUGUAUUUGGCCUUACUUGUAUUUGCCUCCGCGGGGAUGCUGACAUCAGCCCUGGACAAUGGACUGAUGAAGACCCCUCCAAUGGGUUGGUUGGCAUGGGAACGCUUUCGCUGUGAUAUUGACUGUGAUCAUGACCCAAAGAACUGCAUCAGUGAGAAUCUGUUCAUCGACAUGGCAGAUAGACUCUCAGAAGAUGGCUGGAAGGAACUUGGUUAUAUCUACGUGAACAUAGAUGAUUGUUGGUCUGCCAAGGAGAGAGACGAGCAAGGACGGCUGCAGGCAGACCCCAAAAGAUUCCCAGGAGGCAUCCCUAAGCUGGUUCAGUACAUGCAUGACAGGGGACUGAAGCUGGGGAUCUACGGGGACAUGGGCACGUACACAUGUGGGGGCUACCCUGGAACCCCACUGGAUAAGAUUGAGAUAGAUGCUCAGACCUUUGCAAAAUGGGGGGUGGAUAUGUUAAAACUGGACGGCUGUUACUCUAAUGUUACAGUCCAGGAGCAGGGUUACCCUCUUAUGUCUAAAGCUUUGAACGCCACAGGCCGACAUAUUGGCUACUCCUGCAGCUGGCCUGCCUACCAGGGUGGUCUGCCUCCAAAAGUUAACUAUACUCAGUUGGGUAAAAUAUGCAAUCUGUGGCGCAACUAUGGCGACAUCCAGGACUCCUGGGACAGUGUCCUGAAGAUUGUUGACUGGUUUUUCGGGAACCAGGAUGUGCUCAUACCUGCAGCAGGACCAGGAAGAUGGAACGAUCCAGAUAUGCUGAUUGUUGGUGACUUUGGCCUAAGCAUCGACCAGUCUCGUGCUCAGAUGGCUUUGUGGGCGAUCAUGGCAGCACCACUUUUCAUGUCCAAUGAUCUGCGCACUAUCAGCAGUGGAGCUCGCAGUAUUCUGCAGAACAAAAUGGCCAUCAGCAUCAACCAAGACGCUCUCGGCAUCCAGGGUAGACGAAUUCUAAAGGAGAAAAGUGGAAUUGAGGUGUUUCAGCGCCCUCUGUCAAACAAUGCUAGUUCCUUGGUGUUCUUCAGUCGGAGAAAUGACAUGCCCUACCGCUACCAGUCAUCCCUCAGCAAACUCAACUACACAGCUGGGAGCUACAAGGUUUAUGAUGUCUUCUCUGAUACAGCAGUGACACUGAAAGACUCCACGGACUUUGUGUUGUCAGUAAAUCCCACAGGGGUUGUGAUGUGGUAUGUCUCUGCACCAGCAAAACCGAGUCUCCACCAGUUCUACAAAACUGGAAAAUUCCAAGCUGAAGAUCAAAAUGCUAUUCCAUAUGUCAUUGUCUGACAACCAGGUACCUUCAUUCUGAAGGAUUUGGAUCAAAUUUAAACACAAGAAAUAUCUAAUUCUACACUUAAUUAAAACAUGUACAUUUUAAUGUGUUUUAAAUCACGACAGAAAAGAAAAAUCUUCCAAAAUCAAAGUCUAGACACAAAGGUUGCCUCACUUCAGAAAAUGUGAAUCAUUUAAGGUUUCAGGUUAUAAAAAAAGUUUUUAAAUGGAAUCUCAGGGUAAUUUUAUAUAACUAUAUGAACUGAUUUAAUUAAUGACAGUGUGUAAAUAAAUGUUUUCAUUCCACCUUU